CGUAGAUUCAAGUUGGCUUAUACUGACCGUAUCAUGCGACCAACUUAUUGUCGCUUUGUAACUCAUGCAUUGUUGUUUGGUCUUUGCUUUGUGUGGAUAUUCAAGAUUGAUCAUCAUCACCAUCGUAAUAUUUAGGUAUAUGUUUUGAGUUGGUAGACACACAGACCGACAAUUCAAUCAUGUAUGUAUGGUUGCGUAAUAGAUAUGACUGGACGAAGGAACCCCCUAACUAGUAUUCUCUAAGCUGAACUCUUGCAGCUAACAUCUAGCUAUAACAUCAGGUAUAGGCAGCUAUGUGCCGAUCCAUCACUCCACCAUGUCAGCUUUGCUUUCCCCAAGAGGGCAGUUUGUGCUGGCGAUAGAUAGUUUCUAUAGGUAUGUGCCGGCAUGACUCAAAGAGCUGACAAGCAUGUGUGUUUCGCUAUCCACUACAGUUGAAUGACAUUGCUAUUUUACCUAGGCAGGCAUAUAAAUUUCUUGGUAAAGUCUUCCUUUAUUUCUUCCUGGAGUAGUUUAUUUUAGGGAAAGACUCAAGCAAAGGACUGGCUAAACCCCUUCUUUCCAAGCUCUAGUGCAAAGGAUUUAUGCCUAUUUACCUACUUACCCUCCUUUUCACGUUCGCGGAGAAGCUAUUUGCAGCUGAUUAGGUUACGUACCUUUGGUACUUACAAUGACUGACAGUACAGAAUUAAGCGAAGACGACCUUGUCGAACUGUCGCUUUUACGCGGCUUCGAGACAGAUGAACUAAUCAAGGCUGGGCUGCUGAGUGAGGAUCAGCGGUUAGCAGCACCUCUUGACCGUGAAGUUGUCUUCAAACACGAUGAGUUGGAUCUCCAUGUCACAGCAGAUUCAGCAUACCCAGCUAGAUCGGUUGAGUGGAGGAUAGAAAACCGGUCGAUGUCCAGGAAGGUUGUUGACGAACUUCGUAUGAAACUGAGACAGAUCGUGCAGACGUCCUCAGCUACGAAUAAUAUCUCGAGAUGGAAGAGGCGAGAUGAAGACAGCAGCACAAUGGGGGUUUUCGAACCUGUCAUGGUUGUCCUGGAGCUCGCUAGGGAGACGGUUGCUCAUGUUAAGAUGUGGCGCGAGAUAUUGGCGAGCAGGGAAAAAGUUAAGCCUCCGGAUCCCCGAAAGGCCCUCCCUUUCAAGGAGAAGCCGGCGAAUGCGAUAAUAACGUCUAGCGACAUUGCCUUCCACUAUCUACGAAAGACGCCACAGCAGAUUUGCUCUCAGAUCCCGCCGGAAUAUCGAAUUCUUCACGUGGAGGAAAUCCUGAGAAAGGACCUGGUUCGUAGAUUCCAUAAGAAGCAAGAAGCAAUGGCGGAAAAGUUGGAGAAACAGUCGUAUUAUUCACUCCGUAAGUGCGUCCCGCCUGCACAUCAUGGCAAGCGGAAGGAAGCCUUUGUGGAAUAUCUCACAAAGCCCCACGUUACUUUCCACGGGACUGCUAGACAGUUCGUACCGUCCAUAGUGCGUCACGGGUUUCUCAAGCCCGGAAAACCGAUUCCUGGAACGGGCGAGGCACACCAGAUCCGCUGUGGCUCGACAUAUGGUCAGGGCAUCUACACUUCGCCAAAUCCGGACUUUUCGCUCAAUUACACGGGCUACAGGUGCCAUGCUACUAAUCCCAACGAGUACUUCGGCAUCAAGCUAAUCGUCUGCGCCACGCUUAUGGGACGCACCGCGCAAGUGUCCCGAGAAGACAACUGGCGCGACCAGACGGAACCGUACCCCGGGUCCGAGUCUCACGUCGCCAACCGCAACCUCGAGUACAUAGUCUUCGACAGCGCACAGGUCCUCCCAGUCUACGUGAUCCACAUCGACUGGGGCCAGGACAACUUACUGCAUUUCAAGAAUAUCCCGAGGGACCCGACAGAAUUCGUCCCUGAAACGCAGAAAACGCACCACAGGCUGGUGGAAGAGGUCCGCUGGCCCGGGGAUGUCCAGCGCGAGAAGGCGGCCUCCUUGGCCAGAGCAGCCAAGUACUUUCCGUAUGGCUACGGACCCGCCACCGGAGGCAGGUUCGUGGUGGAGGAGAUUGGCGAGGUCGACGAGGAUGACGAGGAGUAUGGCGAUUACCAGGCGCUCCGGGGCGAGGAGAUCAAGGACAAGUCGAACUUGGAUUUCUGGAGCUGGGUCAAGGUUGCGGAAGAGAUGGAUGCUGCUGGUGCGGACGGUGAGCUGCCCCCGGAUGAAUAUACCAUACAGAAGAUGUGGUAUGGUCCGAAGAUGGCACAGACGGAAGAGUGGAACAGAAUACCUGAUCCUAGGAAGAAUAAUGAUGAUGAUAAUGGGGAUGGGCAGGAGGAGGAUGAUGGGGAUUUAGGUCUGGAUCUGUUGAUGAUUCAAGGGGAGAGCAGUGUAGCAUAAUACAAGUUGCAUAAUUACCAAUGUAGUUAAUAUCCAACAGCCUUGGAAUACAUGUAGGUAUUCGCCAUACCUACUUACUGUACAUAAUUAAAACACGAUGAGAUAGAUAGAUGACGAUCUAUGGAUGAUAAAAUGGAUAUGAGAGACAUGGAUAAUGUGAUAAGGGCAAUCUUAAGCUCAUAUGUUUGCCCCAAUGUAAUGGUACAUAACCAAUAUACGGUAAUAACGGUAUGUAUUGAAUAUUG